AUUUUCGUUACACUGCUGACCGCUUAGGUCUUCUGGGUUUGGUAUUGUGCAAAAGAUGGUGGAUUUAUCUCUUAGAAGUGGCGCUCAAAUUCUUCAACAACUUCGUCCCCUGGUGAAGAGUGCAGAAGAUUUAAAUCUUGAGAAAAAUCUUUACCAAUUGACAGAUGUUGGUGGUGAUCCAGUGCUUUUUCUUCUAACCCAAGGAGUCAAAGAAUUUUUCUUAGAUAACUUUGACAGCUGUCUUUCAAACUGUCAAACUGUGAUUGACAUUUGUUGGGAGAAGUGUAAUACAGGUCACUGGCGAGAUGUCAAUGUAAUUUGGAGAGAAACAUAUUCAUAUGCCAGUGUUUUCAAAGCAUUGUGUCUUCACAGUAGAGGAAGACAGACAGAGGCAAUGAAGGCUUGUGACAUGGGGCUUUUGUUAGGUGCACCCAUUUUGGAUAACAUUCUAACCAGGAUUGCGACAGAAUUUCAGAAAAAGGCAAAGGGAAGUAGUUAUAGUCAAGAGAUAAUGGACAGCACUUCCAAUGACCAUGAUUCUGAAAUCAGUUCAGAACUUCAUGAAACAAAAACUUCAAUGGUGGGAAAAUCUACAGAAAAAAGGAAAUUUAGCAAUGAUUCUGAGUCUGUAGAUGGAGAAUGGCAGUCUGCUACUGCUGAUUUUACAAAAAGAAGAAAACAUUAUGGAAUACCUAUGAUAAGUAAGGAGUUUGACAUUGAUCAUGUCUUUUGCCCUUCACUAGAAGCAUUUCUUACAAAUUACAUACAGAAAGACAAACCAGUGAUCCUGGAUGGAGUAAUGGACCACUGGCCUGCCAGGACAACUCAUCAGUGGAGCAUACAAUAUCUUAGGACCAUUGCUGGAUGUCGUACAGUACCAGUUGAGCUGGGCUUACGAUACACGGAUGACACAUGGACACAAAAAUUAAUGACAGUAGGAGAUUUUAUUGACAGUUACAUUGAUCCAAUUGAAAAAGGCCAGGACUCGGAGAUUGCUUAUUUAGCUCAGCAUCAGUUGUUUGAUCAGAUACCUGAAUUAAGAAGGGACAUCAUCACUCCUGAUUAUUGCUAUCUCAGCGAAGGUGAUAACGAUGUUAUAAUCAAUGCUUGGUUUGGUCCAAAGGGUACGAUAUCACCAAUGCACCAUGAUCCCUAUCACAAUCUCUUGGCACAAGUUGUUGGUGAGAAGUACUUGAAACUGUAUUCCAAGACUGAAUCAGAGAAGCUGUAUCCUCACAAAUCAACAUUGCUGAAUAAUACAAGCCAGGUAUUGUUUGAAAAAAUAACUGUCUCCAGGGAGUGAUUAACAUCUUUCUUCCAUUGGUUUUUUUGGGCAUUCAAUUCUCUUCAGCAGCAAGUUUGUUUAGAGACACUAACACUCAACUCAUCCUGCUAUAACCCAGGAUGAAAGCAUUUUUCUUGAAGCAACUUCUAGCAAGAAGCCCAGGGGGUACUCUACAAAGUACUGUACAGGGAGGCUCUGCCGCGAGGUCCAACCCCUUACCCUUUUGUAUACCAUUUUGACAAAAAAGGUACCCAUUUCAUGUACCCUAAAUUGCAAAAAGCUACCCCUUUCACGUACUUUCAUAACUGG